CUUGUUUUGUGGUAUUCGUUGACCGGGUUGUGUCGUCGCGGAUCCGCGCGUUUUCCAUCGAAAAUUCGUCAAAGUAGGUUCUCACGUUCAGCUGAAACGAGAGAGGAACCGCGCUUUGGAUCACGAUAUCGUAUGUCUCGGUGGACUUUCGAAUGCACGCGGGUUUGGAGGAAAGACGGUGAACCGAGCUCCGGUAGAGGGGAGCAGGCAGUCCUGGCUGAUCGUAUAUGUAGCCCGCUCGGCGAAAUGAAAAUGGCGGUGUUCCCGUAUGAACGGAGCAACGGCCACUGACGAUGUUCGUCACGGUAACGGACACGUGAGCCGAAUCGAGUGCGGGUUACUCGGACGUCCCUUGUGUGCGCGAUUCACGAAGACCAUACAGUGUUUCCACGCUAGGCGGGAACGAGUCGGUACAGGCGCGAUAUAGGGAUAGUCAUCCGCGAUCUUCUUUUUUUUUUAUAUACAUAUAUAUAUAGUCGAUCGAGGGACAAACAAACACGAUGGAGUGACACCGCGAAGUGUUGACUCCGUGGACAAGUGGGAAGUGUCGGCUGAUAGAUUCGCGUAGUUGGAGGACGCGAGAAGCCUUCAUGCCGAUGCCGGCCGAAUACCACGAGAACCACGGUAACCACGAGAACGCUAAUUUCGCUCUCGGGGCCACACAGGACGCCAGCAACAUGACGGCCAACAUGUACCGGGUGGGAGAUUACGUAUAUUUUGAAACAUCUUCCACAUCUCCCUACCAGAUUAGGAGGAUAGAAGAAUUAAAUAAGACGGCAAGUGGAAAUGUUGAAGCAAAAGUCAUGUGCUUCUUCAGGCGGAGGGAUUUACCUUCUACUUUAAUAAUGCUUGCAGAUAAACAUCAAUUGGCAAGCGCGGAGCAGCAGAGGUCAGAAUCCCCUGCGAACACGCAGAGUCAGAAACUCGAGAAUCCAGAUACUGCUAAGGAAAUGACUAAUAAAGAUGGGAUCGGGCCCAAAGUGAUGAACAAAGGGGGCGGGAAGGGUGGCUGGCUGAAGGCCCCACUGUCGGAGGCCCAAGAGCCUCAUGGGAUGGAAGAGAACGUAGUAGGUGCUGGAGGUGUUACAGAAUUAAGUUCUAAACAACGUCAUCAAAUGAAGCACAGAGAACUAUUUCUAUCGCGUCAGGUGGAAACAAUGCCUGCAACGCAUAUAAGAGGCAAAUGCUGUGUAACAUUGUUGAACGAAACGGAAUCUCUGCUAAGCUAUUUAAAUAAAGAAGAUUCUUUCUUCUAUUGCUUAGUAUUCGAUCCUGCACAGCGUACAUUGCUUGCUGACAAAGGUGAAAUUCGAGUUGGCAGUAGAUAUCAAGCUGAUGGUAUAGCGCCAUCUCCGCUCACACCUGCUGAAAGGGAAUCGGAUCCUCGCAGGUUGCAGGACUUAGAGACUUUGGUUUGGACACCGCGACAUUCGCUAACAGACCGGCAAAUUGAUCAAUUCCUCGUCGUCAGUAGAUCCGUAGGCACAUUUGCAAGAGCUUUGGACUGUUCGUCUUCGGUUAAGCAGCCGUCUUUGCAUAUGUCUGCAGCAGCUGCAUCCAGAGACAUUACUCUUUUUCACGCGAUGGACACCUUGCACCGGCAUAAUUACGAUGUCGCAAAGGCAAUGUCAUCUUUAGUGCCUAGUACUGGUCCAGUAUUAUGCAGAGACGAAAUGGAAGAAUGGAGUGCGUCUGAAGCAAAUCUUUUCGAGGAGGCUCUCGACAAAUAUGGAAAGGAUUUCGCAGAUAUCCGCCAAGACUUUCUACCAUGGAAAACAUUGAAGAACGUGAUCGAAUAUUAUUACAUGUGGAAGACAACGGACAGAUAUGUACAACAGAAGAGGGUAAAAGCUGUAGAAGCUGAAAGUAAAUUGAAACAAGUUUAUAUACCAAAUUAUAAUAAGACAGCCCCACCCACAACUGCACCUUCUGCGACAACGAUCGUACCUCUUGGUAACAGUAAUAGCAACAGUAACGGGAAACCAACUAGUGUUCUUAAUGGCAAUAGCAACGGUAACAUGACGACUGAUAAUACUGGUAUAUUGAUGGUUGGAGUUGGUGGUAAACCUUGCGAGAGUUGUCAAGUUAUGCAGAGCCCGCAGUGGUACGCCUGGGGCCCAUCGCAUAUGCAGUGUCGUCUGUGUCAAUCCUGUUGGACGUACUGGAAAAAAUAUGGUGGUCUUAAGGUUCCAUCGCGUAUCGAUGAUGUUGAUCUGGAACGAAAAAGGGGCGGUACAGGUUCGGACGAGGAGAGUAAAGGAAUCGGCGGUGCGCAUAGACCUCACCGAUGUAGUAUUCCUUCAUGCGGGAAAGAAUUCAAGCUCAAGGCACAUCUUAGUCGCCAUUACGCGAGCGCUCACGGUGUCGAUUUACGUGGGAGCGGAGCAGGCGGAGGUGGCGGCGGUGGCUCUCCUAGACCUGUGAUGAAAACACGUUCUGCAUUUUAUUUACGUACUUCAGCAUUAGCACGAGCUGCACGGCGAUUGUGUGCAGCGCAGUUACGCACACGUCAUGCGGCCCGAGCACCUCAUCAACCUGUAAACGCAGCACCACUACGACAUCUUUGCGCCUCUCCUCAAUUGACAUCAAAAAGUCCCGCAGAAUUACGCAUAUUAGCGCGAGCAGUACGACCUCGACCCCGUCCUCGUGUUACUGACAUAGCAACGCGUUUAGGUGAUCAUCCUGCUCCUCGACAACCUGGGGAUUGGGAUUGGUUAGCCCUUACGGCACCGGCACAACGAAAACAACCUGAUCGAGUUUCCUUUCCUAAACCACCAAAAGCACCAGACGGAAGCCUUUUGUAUGAAAGAGUACCAAACAAAUCUGAAGUGGACAGGCUGCCAGUGACUCCGCCUCAACCGCAACCAAACAUGCAGCCGCAACAAACGAUCCUAAAACGCACAAGACCUCCAUUUGAUGAAAUUAACGGAUCAGAUGGUAUUGCCCUAAGUGCAGGGCUCCCUGGUGGACCACCUGCAAAAAGGGCUCAUCAUUCUCAGCAGCUACAUCCCAAACAUACUUUGGAACAUACCACACCUCCUGUUCUUCCACUAGCGCCGCCGCUCAAUGGAAGAGCCGCGCACCCACAUACCUUGCCUCACGGACCACCCUUGUCUAGAAGUAAUGCGCGAAAACAAGUAAUUUCAUGGAUGGACGCACCUGAUGAUGUUUAUUUUCGCGCUUCAGAUCAGACCAAAAGACUUAGAAGAUCCCUUUCAUCCGUGGAACUUAGAAGGGCAGCGCGCAAACCGUGGCGUAGAUUACCGGCUCCUUUACAUCCUCCUCAUCCACAGAGAGCAGUACGUGGUGAUGACAUGGUCGUCAUCUUGGACUGAGUCAGUAAUACAAUCAACUAGACGAACUGAUCAGACCGGUCGGUUUGCUAUGCGGGAAUCAUGCUGUUAUUGUAAUUUUAAUGCCAGAGUGACCACUGUGAAGACAUCCCCAGCUUUAUGUAAUUGUCAUUGGCAGCUCUGACGUUGAGCAAGGACUAAUUGCUGUGUGGAAUGUUCUCAAAUCAUUGUAGAGACAGCAACUCGCCGAAACUGAAGGCCUCGCUUAACUGAAUUUUCAUGUUGCAUUGACAUCGCUGAAAAAUACCUUCACAUGUAAUGGACGAUAAACGGCGUUCAACUCUGGAAACGAACAUUCAUCGAAUCUUUAAUGAAAGAAAAAAAAAACAAUUGAAAAUAAGGAA